UUGCGUACCUAGUUUACCGGCAAGGGGGCGGGGCUUGUCCGGGGAUGUUUUACCAACGCGGGAUGCCUGCAGUCACAACUUUCUUUCAUUUGACAUGCUGGAGUAGCAACAAGUUCUGUUUUUUUCUGCGUGGCGAUUUCUUUCCAAAUGGAAGAAAAUAAGCCUAUUCUAGAUUUCCUGCAGCCGUUGGGACUGGAGACGUACGUGGGAGAUUUCAGAACAAGGGGUUUUACCGAAGACCCCGAUUUUCAGGGUUUAACACAGGACGACCUGGAUAGUAUGAACAUCACAGAUGAAGAACACAGGGACAGAAUAGUAGCAGCAGCCGCUGUUCAUGAAGUAUCGGAAGAACACCAAGUCCUGCAGUUCUUACGUGAACAUGGACUGGAGUAUUAUUUUACUAAUUUCCUGGCCAGUGAGUACACUGACUUGGAAGCCAUCGAAAGGAUGGACACUGGACCAGCAACUUUCGACGACCUGGAGAUUACCCUACCAUCGCACAAGAACCGGCUCACGAAAGCAGUUAACAAACUAAGAAAACGCCAGCGGGUCAGCUUCGUGGAGACGGAGGCAGAGACGGCUAUCGCGUAUGGCUACUGGAGCCGGCCCGCGGCGUUAGAGGGCGCCAUCUGCGACUUUCUGUGCGUCAAGGCCACCAUCAAGUCACCCGAUCCGAACGGACAGAGUGUGGAGAGAGAAUUCUUGGUGGAUUCGGGCAGUGACGUGGUCACGAUCAAGUCGGAAAUCCUCGACCAGCUGAAGCUGCCCAAGAAGGGAGACCCUGUCCAGAGCAAAGGUGUCCAUGCUACAGUCAAGAAACAGCUCCACAGUGGCAUCAUGGUCAUCGGGUCGGAGGAGAUACAUGUGGAGGUGAUGGAAGAAAGCUUCAACUCCAUUGGCUGCCGAGAGCUGAGAAAGUUCAGACACUACAUUUCCCCAGAGAGGCACAUCUGGAUGAAGCGCACGGACUCCGACACGUCCAGCUCCACCAUUCGAACGGAGGAGCCGCCGGUCUGGGAGAUCCAGACCCCCGAAGGAACGGAAACUGAGACCGAAGAAGACACUGGGACAGAGAACGGACAGACCACAGAGUCGUCUGAUUCGGACGAGCACGAGAGCUGAGACACGAAAACGGAAAUAUCUGUUUAAAUUUGUGAACUGCGUUCAAGCUCUUGUUUUAGAUCUACUCUCAGCAGCUUCCCUUUCCCUUUGUUCGUGUUGAAGUUCAUGCAAGUUUAUUGUUGGCUUUAUUCAAUGAUGAGAUUUGUAGUACAUCAAGCUUUUAUAAAGCUUGUUUUAAUAUUUCUAGAGGGAUCAAAUGGGCGGAAAGUUCUUGUUACAUUCUGAAUGUCAUUGUAUAUACGUUGUGUGAAUCUUGAAACUUGUGCCAAAUCUUAACUCUCCGCCCAUUUCAUUCUAUUUUUGUACGGGUAACGUCAUGUCAUGUUUAUACGUCUUCCUCUUUUCUGAAACAUCCACAAAACUAGGCAACUAUGGGAAGAAACCAUCUUCGUAAUUACCCUGCUUACAUGUACAACUGUUAACCACCAAACGUUAUGUCUAUAUUUAUAAACAUCUCACUUUAUUAUUGUCGGUUAAAGAAACUGUCUGUUUCUCUUAAGACCGAUUACUAGACUUUAAACAACCAUUUGUGAAAGGAAUAUCCCCAGUGGAGGGUGACCUGUCGGUGUCCGAAUGACCUCUCUGUCUGCACCUGCACGGUUGUGUGGGAAACAGGGCCGUGCUGAUAGGUCAAUUCGUCAUGGCAGGUUAGCCAUGUCAGCACCCCCUCCCUCCAGGGAAGGCUCACAGAUUAACCUGCCCCGGGGAGGGAGAUAUAAACCCUUUGGACUGACAACUUUGUCAAGAGGGGUCAGUGUGGUAGCUUGUGGACAUGUGAGAAGACUGGUCAAGUGUGUGAACAGACCUGAUUCACUCGUCUUUUGCCCGCCAAAAAACUCGACUCCAAACCACGGGACAUCGCCACUGAAAACACUACUUGUGUUUUGGACUUGCAAUUUGUGACAACUCGUUCUAAUGCAAACAUGACGAUUAACAGCAAAAUUGUUCUAAAGACUAAGGGGGCUUAGGUUGAUUUUACCACAAUCAAUUGAUCAUCAACAUAUAGACAUCUUAUCCCCUGACUGUUGCUGUUAUCAAUCGAAAGGUCACCACAACCCUCAAGUUCAACACGCAGACACACAAGAAAACAGUAGUACCAUCAAGUUGUACUACAAGACUAGUUAUUGUACUCUGUCACUCUUGCUAUUCGUUCCUCAGGUUAUUUCACAUGACGGGAUAGAGUCUAUUGGCUGUGUGGUGAUGCAAAAGUUUCGUCAUUUCAUAACGCCAGACCUUCACAUCUGGCUGGGGCCCGUACGGCGCAGUGCACAGUCGCCGGGCAGAGGGGCGACCGCGACCCGAGGAUUACGUGAGGAGACUCCGGUGGCGGGCCCUUCUACGAGCUAUGGAUAAGGGAACAAACUGGAAACAUUCCAUUUUUACACUAUAGCAUAAAAUGUACUUUUUACAGCUAUUUUAGAUAUCCGAAGUCUUUUGAUAUCUUCGAAACCAAUGUACUACUUCAGAUAAGGUCUUACUAGCGACCAGUAGCAGCAAACCUUUUGUGGAAAAUCACGUUCCAGGGACCACUAUCUCGAACGCUAGAUCGCUAAGAUAACCAUGUAAUGUUAUAAUUGUACGUCUACUGUAUGAUUUGUGCUGUGUGGGUGUCAAUCAAUGAUCCAAACAUCCGGAAAACAGGAUAUAGCUUACCACCUGCAAAUGUAAUGUUUGCUCCAGAUAAAGCAUCAAUUUGAGCAAGUGAUUGAAAACCUACUCCCAAUUCAAUAUUUCUUCCGGAGGGACAUCUUGAUAAAACACGAACAUUUGUGUGGUAUGGAAACAGUUAAACAAAAGGGCCUCAGUAUUUCUGCACGAUGCUAUGAAGUGGCCGGAGAAGCUAUGUCCGGUUUUCUUCGGUAGGUUGUGUUUGUAUGUAACAAGUUGUGAAGUAAACGUAAUUGAGUCUUGUGUCAGUGUAGUGUAUGAUGACACUGUGCGUCUUUUACGGUUAUUACGAAGAAAAUACAAACUGAAGUUAACAGCAAAAUGCCAAGCUUGUGCUCACCGUAUCACGUAUAUCGAAUGAUCGGUAACAUUUUCAAUCCAAAUAUUUGCAGAUUUUAUAAGUAAGCGCCCAGAAUGAUCGAAGGUGUCUGACCAAUGACCACUAUAUGUCGAUAAGUAUGCUUGUAUGUAUGGCAUGUGAUUUUGCAUAGUUUACAAAACUAGUUGUAGUAAGCCAGUAUUUUAAUGUAUUUUGACACUGCUGCAGGCGGCAGAACGUUGUAGAAGCAGAAGUUUGUUGAAGGUUACCAUGUAGUCCAGACGCCUCGAAAUCUUGUUCUAUUGUUCACUAGAACUUUUAUCAAUUGUUAGUAGUGUUAGUACUUUAGUGUGUAUUUUUGUGCUAAGAAAAGCGUGUGUUUUGAUCCGAUUUGGUCUUGAUUUUCUCGUGCAUGUCUGUUUGUAAGUUUUAUUGCAAGAAAACGUUAUGUAGGUCAACUCAUGUUAAGAUUAUUUGAUUGGAAAAUAAAAUUGUGUUACGAAAAGUUAGCCAA